ACUCGCGUCGCAUUUGUAUGCUUUACGUUGCGUUACAUUUUUCUAUCAUUUUUAUUCUUGUCAAAGAUGUCUGAACAAAUCGGAAAUAGAGUUUAUAAUUAUUUAAUUGGAUUUGAAAUUCAUAAUAUUAAUAAUAUUAAGUUACCUUCGUGUAGGGAUGUAUUGAAUCUCUUUAUGUACAAACAUCAAUCCUUAAAAUUAAGUAUACGAGCAAGUGCUAGUAGUGUGAUCAGUGAUACGAAUGCUAUUUGGGCUAAUCUUUUGAUUCCAACUUCUCGACCUCAGCACAGUAUUAAAAAAUUGGAAAAAAUUCACAGUGACUACAUGAAAGUGAAGAAUCAUCGAAGUCGUGCAAAGACAUCGAAAAGACAACGAACAAAUGUGGAACAGUUUAGCAAACGUCUUGAUAAAUUAUUUGACAUUGCAAAUUGUGCUGCACUAAAAAAUUUACCGAAAAAUUUGCAGCAAUUUUUGACAGAUUGUCGUAAAGGAAAUAGAAAUAUCCAUCUACCAGCAAUUGACGUUAUACCAGAAGAAACUUCUGGAAAUCUGUCUGCGAUGGAAGUAGAAACUCCCAAUAAUGAAUAAGGAAAUUGGAAUGAAAUUAUCCCAACAGUCGUCCUUAAAUAGUUUCUGUAGUUCCAUAUCAAAUUCCAGUGAAUUGAAGCGAACUUGUUCAGACUUUGAAGAUACAAUGCCAGCGCCUAAGAAAAAUAAAAUUGAUAUUCUGACUUCGGAAUUAGUAUUAGCACUAGAUAGAACUAAAACUAGUAACAGAAAUGCGAUGUACAUCAUUUCUGCUGUUAUUCAAAGUUUAGGACUUGAGAUUGAUAAAUAUAAUUUAAGUUACUCCACUAUUCGCAAUGCGCGUAUUUCAAAAAGAGAAGAAAUUGUCGAAACGAUCAAAGAAGAAGAAAUUUUUGACGACUCUCUCGUAGUGCACUGGGAUGGAAAGAUGCUUCCUGCGGGAAAUGGUCAACCAAAAGCAGAACGAUUAUCAAUACACGUCACCGGAAUAAAUACUGAUAAAAAUUUAAAAACUCCGAUUCUCUCUGAUGGCACAGGUGAAAGCCAAGCUUCAGCCAUUUUUGAAACGCUGAUAGAGUGGGAUCUUUGCGAUAAUGUUAAAGCAAUGUGCUUUGAUACAACUAGUUCAAAUACCGGUUGUUUUAAUGGCGCAUGUGCAUUAUUAGAAGAUAAAAUUGGCCGUGACUUAUUAUAUCUUGCUUGUCGCCAUCAUACUUCUGAAUCCACAGAUUCGGUAGAAUCUGGCGCCAAGUCCCGUUCAAACGGAACGCCAGACUACCGAUAUAUGGAACUUUAUAUUGCUGGAGGGCCUGGCUAA